CUAGAAAUUAUUUUUAAUUUUAAUUAUAAAGUUUUGCUUUUGUUUUUUGUACUUCUUCGUGUUUUGCAACUUCAUUUUUUGAUGACCAACUACAAAGUUGGUCAUGGAGGAAGUUUUGGAAGCAGUUAUUUUAGGUGGUGGUACCAAUGAAGAUAUUGAAUAUGCAAUUAUGGACAACAUUCUGAUAGACCGGGAUGAAAUGGAGGUUCAGCCUGCUUUUUAUUUAAACCAUUUGGAAGUCCUGAAAAACUUUAGGUUUCAUCAAGAAGACUUACCUAGACUUCGAAAUGUUUUGCUUAUUCCCGCAGUCGUUGUAACAGAUGCUGGAGAUAGAUGUGAUGGAUUCAAAGCACUCCUAAUUCUUCUGAAGAGAUUAUCCUAUCCAGUGAGAUUAUAAUCAGUUCUUUACUUAGUGCCUCUAUUCCUGAAUAGGCUAUUGUUUGUCCAUCGUUGUCUAUUUUCUGUUGAUGCUUAGUCAGCAUAUCAAUUUGUAUGAAUUAGUCCUCCGGGUACAUCUCGAUGUUCAAUACCCGGCUAGACUGCGUAAAUGUCAUAUCUAUUGUAACUUGUAAUUUGUAACAGUCUGAAC